CAGUGUUAAUGUUAAUUCUCAAAUACAAUAAUGGCAAAAUUAAGAAGAAAUACGAUUUACAAAGAUCUGAUAAAUUUUUUGAAAUUUAUAAUUGUUAUAAAACUGAAUCUGUAGAUUUUUUAUUACUUGAUGAUAUUAACUAG